UGCUCCAUCGGAUUAUAUAUAUAUUAAUAAAUGUAAGAAUUAUUUAUUUUAACAGGUCACUGUGAUCAACUUUGAUUAGCAUUAGUCAUGCUUAAAAUCUUUUUCACUUGUAAGAAAAGGGUGACUAAAAAGUGUGACAUGCAGUCUAUAUAAAUAAAGGAAUCAGGUGACCAGAAAUGAUCUUUCAAGGUUCCCAGUGCAGUGACAAAGAGAAUGCAGUUUAAACUAGUCGGCAUAAUGUUAUGAACAAUAAAAAUCAAUAAAUCUAGUUUCAAGUCCGAUGAACAUUUGCGUAAAACUCAUGUUUAAUAAAUGAACGGCCCCGUUCCCAAUACAUUCUACCUUCCAACGCAAAGUAUCUGUAGUGUGUAUGUACAGAUAUGUAACACACGCAGCUAUGUAUGCCAAUGUAUGCACGUGUGGUCGUGUGUGGCGUGUGAAAAGGAGAGAGUAGGUGUCAAAGUGAAAAAAAAGGAGUAGGUCGAUGCAGUAUAUGCAGCUCCAUGCUGGGCUUUCGCUACCACCACGCUCUGUAUAUCCGCCUGGCUCUUUGUUUAUUCUCCGCACGACGUACGGGCGUCGCGCAGCGAACAACGAGAGGCUCGAGGUUCGAUGCGGCUGGUAGGAACGGCAGUCAGUGCCGAGCAGUGCCGAGUGCGCUGACCCGUAGGACAGGCUGGACGGGUAGCGAUGGUCGUUGACCGCGGUUGAACGCGAUCCAUUGUUUACAUCGCGCAUCUCGGCGCAUCCUGACGAACUCGCGCCGGGCGCCGUCUCCCCGUUGGCAAUCUCGCCGCAACAAAGGACCGCAACGCGGCCGCGAAUGAACAUGUCGAGAGCAGCGGGAAGCUCUCCCGCGAGAGCGGCGAACAAAGGCGAGCAGCAGCAGCAGCAACAGCAGCAGCAGCAGGAAUUCCCGCUGGGCCUGGAUAAAGACGCCAGCGAGCACAGCAUCUCCAGCAUGAUGUCAUGCGUGUCUAUCUCGCCGAAGCACGCGGAAAGUAGCCUCCGAAUUAUGGAGAGUUAUCUGCACAAGCAACAGCUGACAGACGUCACGCUGAUCGCGGGAAAUAAGCGUGUCCCAGCUCAUCGAUUAGUACUCAGUGCUGGCUCUGAAUACUUUGCUGCCAUGUUCACAAGCUCUCUGCGAGAGUCGGCACAAAAUGAAAUAGAAUUAAUGGAUGUUGAUGGAGAUGCUUUAUGGGCUUUGGUUCUAUAUUGCUAUACAGGUUGCAUAGAAUUGCAGGAAGAUAGCGUAGAGACUCUACUUGCAACAGCAUGUUUGUUACAAUUGAAUCCAGUUAUUAAAGCGUGCUGUCAAUUUCUCGUCAAACAACUUCACCCUAGCAACUGUCUGGGCAUACGGAUGUUCGCCGAUACGCAGGGUUGUUCGGAAUUGCUUGAAUACGCACACGCAUACACUACCAAACAUUUCAUGGAAGUUACAAAAAAUCAAGAAUUCUUACUGCUAUCUGCCAAUGAAGUUGCAAAGUUACUUGAAUCUGAGGAUCUUAAUGUUCCUUCAGAAGAAACUAUCUUUCAUGCUCUAGUGACUUGGCUGGAACACGAUCCGGAAAACAGGAGCAAAGAUGCCAGUAAAUUAUUAGGUUUAGUCAAAUUACCAUUGCUAUCACCCGCGUUUAUAGCUGACAAUAUUGAGAGUAACGAAAUGUUCAAAGACCAAAGAAUGGCGCAGGAAUUAGUAAUGGAAGCAUUGAAGUAUCAUUUGCUGCCUGAGCGAAGACCUUUGCUUCAAACAGGCAGAACAAAACCCAGAAAAGCCACUGUGGGUACGUUGUUAGCUGUCGGAGGGAUGGACGCCAAUAAAGGUGCAACAUCUAUAGAUGCAUUUUCAUUACGCGAUAAUGCUUGGAGAUCUUUAGCAGCCAUGAGCAGUAGAAGAUUACAAUUUGGCGCAGUGGUAGUCGAUAAAAAAUUGAUUGUCGCGGGCGGUAGAGACGGUUUAAAAACAUUGAACACAGUAGAAUGCUUCGAUUUCUCCACUCUUACGUGGAGCACUUUACCACCUAUGAAUGUUCAUCGACACGGAUUAGGAGUGGCAGUCUUAGGUGGACCUUUAUAUGCUGUUGGUGGUCACGACGGUUGGAGUUUUCUUGAUGCAGUAGAGAGAUGGGAUCCGGCAACACGUCAGUGGAGUUCAAUAUGUCCUAUGUCCAUACAAAGAUCUACAGUCGGUGUAGCUGUGUUAAAUGAUAAAUUGUACGCUGUAGGAGGAAGAGAUAUCAGUUCCUGCUUAAAUACAGUAGAAUGUUACGAUCCGCACACGAACAAAUGGACACCGUGCGCUCCUAUGUCGAAGAGACGAGGCGGCGUAGGCGUAGGAGUAGUGAAUGAUUGCCUUUAUGCACUCGGUGGUCACGACGCUCCAGCUAGCAAUCCCAAUGCUAGCAGAUUCGAUUGUGUAGAAAGAUAUGAUCCUAAAACCGAUACGUGGACUAUGGUUGCGCCAAUGAGUGUGCCCCGGGAUGCAGUUGGUGUGUGCGUAUUAGGUGACCGACUUAUGGCCGUGGGAGGAUACGACGGCCAACAAUAUCUCACACUAGUGGAAGCCUACGAUCCACAUCUCAACGAAUGGGAACCUGUUGCUCCUCUUAAGGCUGGCCGUGCGGGACCCUGUGUUGUUGUAAAAAAUUUAACCAAUAACAUGUAGAUUAUUUUUACUAAACGAUCAGUAAUUGGACUUGCUAAUUAUGCAAUUUAUAUUUGUAAUGAUUUAGGUGUUUCAGAAAUAUGACAGAAUCUGCUCUCUUGUAAUAUUGCAUGCAUGUUAAAUUAAUUACAUUGUUAUUUUCUGAAACAAUUUUAGAUAAUUUACAUUUAAAUAAGU